CGGUUGAGCUAUUUACCUUGAAAACUCUUCAUUUUGAAAACUACAUAAAGUACUAAAAGUUGGAAAACGAACGCAACUUAAGGAAUGAAUUAGUUAUUUGCUUAAACCAGGGACUUUAAUGUUUGUAUAGAUCGUUGCUAUAACUUGUGAAUUAAAGAAAACAUCAAAUAUUGUGUGAAUAAAACUUACCUGACUGUAACUGCAACUGUAGUCGUCUGCUAAAGUGCGCUGUAAUCACGUGACCAAAAAGUCAGCGCGUUCACAAUUUCGCGGUAAAUGUCAAAAUCUGUCAACAUAAGGCUUUGACUGUUAUGCGAGGGAUUGCAGAAGUGCAUGGCUUGAACCCUUGACUUGAGUGACCACCAGAACAAUAGCAGUGUAGCACAACACUCUACAUUCUGAGGUAACUGGGCAACUGACGCUUACACACGAUUGGAAACCAAAGUAUCAAUUGAAAGAAUGGAAGAUGUAUUUGGACGCCUAACUACCAAAACAUACAGUAGGACUGGUGCCAAGAACAAAAUUAAAUCAACUAGCAAUGCAGAGAAAAAAGAAGCAAAUUAUAAAGUAUUACAACAAGAGAACAGGGAAAGUAACAAAGAUGUGCCAAAAAGGAAAAAUAAUAAAAAAAUGAAGUUGCAGAAGAUGUCAGUAGAAAAUGACCAGACAUUUCCAUUGAAGAUUUCAAUGGUGGAGGAUGUACAAGGGGAUGACCCCCUGCUGAAUGACACUCUGUUUGGUGAUAACAGACCUGUGCAGACUGAGAAGACAAAAGUUUCAAAGACUAGAAUCAAGAAGUCAGUGAAGCAGAAGAAAGCAACCACCAAAGUCAAGAAUUCACUGAACAAAAAAUCAUACCCCAGUGAUGCUGUUUCACCUACGAAAUCAAAGUCUCCUGCAACAGUUAAUAUAAAUAAAAGGAAUUCCAUGUCAAGAAACAAAACCAGUGUAUCUUCCAAAACCAGGCCGUUUUCAGAAAGUUUUGAUGGUCUGACAGUGGAUAAUAUUGGACCUUUGACCAUGGCCAACUUGUCAAGAAAGGAAGUAACCCGCGCUGCUGACCCCAAUGAGAAAGUGUCCAAAUGGUUGGCUAGCUCAGCAUCUUCACCUGAGGGUUACAGUGAAAAUGACUCCCUCGGUGAUUCCAGCAUUGAAAUCAUGAGAGGGAUGGAGUAUGUCACAGCACAAAGCAGGAGGGCAAAGCUGUUUCCUGAUAAUUUCCAUGACAAUCUGGCAAGAAUGGUUGCUGCGCAGCCCAAGGUGCCAGCUUUGAAAAAUGAGACAAUCUUGCGCGAGAAAAAGAAUGAGUUCUUAUCAGAUCUGAGACAGACAUUUGACCCGGAAACCAGAAAGCCCAUAGUACCUGAUGAUUCCUCUGGUAAGGGACGCAGCAGAGGCAGUACGAAUGAAUUCACUUUCACCGAAACCAUCGGGUCCUGUAACCAAGUGUCCGAGGUUACGAGCGAUGCAGUCUGUAGCAGGCUGCCAUAUACCUACAACAGCAGUGGUCAACCCAGCGUUGUUGGAUUGUCGACUGGUUUCAGUCAGGCCACCACAGGCUUGACCUCGGGAUUCACGCCGACCACCUUCAACACUGAGAGGACUUCAGCCUAUACGGACACACAGCAGGGCACUGGUGCCACAUCCAGUAUGGCAGAAACUGUGUCACAAGAAACUAUAAUGACAACUGCAGCCAUGGAAAUUUCUGGGACACCCCAAACUCAUAUGGCGUCUUCAAAUGCAACUGAAGUUACAAGGGAGAAUGAUUACACUACUAGCAUCCAGGUUUUCCAGUUGAAGUGUGCUGAGGGCAAUGCAACAAACGUGGAACAAACUGGGGACGCAGAACAUCAGAAUGUUCAAAACAUUAUGAACAGCCAUGAAAUGUAUGAUCAACAACCAAGUACCAGUAAAGAGUACCAAAAAAGAAAGAGGUACUUUUCUUCUACGAUGAGACGCAGUGCCUCCAGUGCUAUCUUCCCCGAUGGGGUCUCCUCCAUCCAGCACACUGAGUCUCAAAAGAAACAGGCUGAGCAGGAGAAAACACCAAAGAAGAAAUCACAGUUUAAAGUGCCUGGUUCCCCAUACAAGGCAGCCAAGCCCACACACAGACAGGGUCCUCUGAAACAGACCUGCUCCACUCAGUUGUUCACCACUGGAUUUGUGGAGAUUGGAGAUAUCAUACCACCAAUCUCCGCAAUCAACCCUGAAUCAGAAACAAUAACAGCUGAGGAAGAAGAUGAGACUGUUGAACAAGGUCUUCUUAGGCUAGCAAAAGUGAAAACAAGUACUCCAAAUAAAGCUGGCACAAAAAAGCAGAACAACGACUUUGAGUUUGACCUGUCUUCUGUGAAACUUGAUUCCGAUGAUGAUCUUCUUCAAUUCAACACGUCUGGCCACAGUGUCAACUCAGAAGAAAUACUGGCUCUGUCUCAGUCCUAUAUAGAUCUAAAAGAGGGUCAGGUCCAGCCCAGUAGUGGUGACUAUCCCUCUGCAACACAGUCUAGCAGAACUUCACAGCAUUCCAAGAGGAAAAUGAAUAAUGAGGCGAGACCAUCACCUAAGAACAUGGCUUCAAAGACCAGAAAAUUAUCCCAGGAAAAUAAUCGCAAGAAACCCAGAGCCAUUGCAGUGAUCAAGCCACAGCCCAAGGUUUUGUUAAAAAAGACUAAAUCAGAAUUGAAUCGUGAACGGUUAUAUUAUGUCGGUCAAAACAGUAAAAAGAUGUCAGUAAGGAAGCACAGACCAGCUGUAUGUCCACUGAUGAACAGGCCAUUCACGUGUAAAAAUCUUGGAGUUUCCGAGAAGAAGUGGGUUGACCGGGUAAGCCGACCAUAUGCAGAAAUUCUGCGCUCCACUCCAGUAGAUGAUCUCCCAUAGCUCAAUAUACAUCGGGUCUAUCAUGACUGUUCAAGAAAUUGACUGUGCAUGUAUGAGCAACAUAUUAAGUCUUCCUGGCAUUAGAGGAAUCGUUCGCUGCUAAUUUGACUUUGUUAUGGAAUUUUCCAUAGAAUACUUCAUUGAAACUAAUUUACCUGUAACAUGAUUGUGUAUGGAAUGAUUGAUGUACUUAAAAUGUAUUUUUGAAGAGUUAUUCAGCAGACAGCCUGUUGUUGGUUUUUGGCUACUAUUGCUUGAAAAUGUGAUGUUUCAAUAUCGUGUUUCUUCCAAGCAUGUACUUUAGUAAAUUAUUGCCUUGUACCAAACAUCUAUCAAUUAAAUAAUUUUGUUUGAAUGUAUGUAUAACUUCUGUGAUAUUAAUUUACUUCUUUGUUUAAAAUGUUUAUUUAUUGAUAAUAAGAUCUAUGUAUUUAUUUAACAUUAUAAUUUAUGUAUUUACAUGUGUAAUUAUGAUUAAAUUGUAUGUCAGCUUU